AUGGAGAAGAUUGAUAGUAAAUACUCAAAGUUGACUGAUAUCUAUUUCCCAGUCUUAGAGUAUAUUGUAAUACAGAAAAAGCUGAAAGAACUAGAGAACUGGAUGGACAACUUCUACCGAAUUGUGAGUGCUAUUAUUCUUCUCUUCAGCCCACUUUUAUCCGUCUCCUUGGCCAAGCUUAUUAGUCUUGACCAAACAAAGGUCCAGGGCAGACUGAAUUCUCUCCAGUCUGUUGUGUCAGUACCUAAAAACUGUGAUGCUCCUAUUCAGCUUCUUCACCUCUUGUUUCGCGAGUUUUUGGUUGACUGUUCAGCAUCCGAUAAAUUUUGGAGUUAUGAACCGGCAGGUCAUAUGCAACUUGCAGAGUAUUGUCUUCAGUGUAUGAAUCGAGAACUAUACAGAGAUAUAUGCCAUCUUUCAAGCCCAGAUAUGAAAAGAAAUAAGAUUAACAGGGCUGUGCUUGAGAGAGAUGUUUCACCUGAGCUUCGAUACGUAUAUCGAUACUGGAUACGCUAUCUAGAGAACGCUUUGCAGACACUGGUAAAGCUAUCUUGGCUAGCUAACUUUUUACAAGAUAUAAAAUUUAUUACACAGGUCUGGUGUUUACACCCCAGAUGUCAAUUGUCCGGAGGCAGUUUGAGGCAGAGUUGCCCACUUUUAUAUGCCAGUUGCCACGAGUUGAGCAAAGAUAGGGCGCAGAGUUGCAGACACUCGAGGGCUAUUCAAACUGGGUUCAGUCAGUGGUCUUCUCGCCCGAUGGCCGUCUACUAG